AUGGGAAAUCAAAAAUCAACAUAUAAGUGGUAUAAUUCACAAAAAUCAGAUUUCUAAAAUGUACUUGCAAUAAAUCAUGAUAAUUCUGUUCUUGCAGUAGGUAAUAGAGAAGAAAUCAAAAUUUUCAAAAUUUUGCACUACAAAGAAUACAAUGUUGAAAAUUUAACUGAAUAAGAGGAAGAGGAGCUUUAUGCAAGUGAAGGAAAAGCUUUAAAAUAACUUUUGAUUUGUGAUGGGAAUAUUGGUUACGUCACAACUCUUUAAUUUUUACAAUCUGAAAAACAUGCUAAUUUCUUUCUUUCUGGUUCAGAACAUUUGAUAAAUAUUUGGGCCCCAGAUGAUUAAUUAAUGCCAUAUUGCUGGUAAUCAAAAUUUAAGAUUGAAUGGACCUAUUCAAAAAUUAAUUGUGUCAUCAUUCAUCCAAAUGAAAACCUAAUUAUUAGUGGUGAUAAUGAAAAUGUGAAAUUAUGGUAGUAACAAGAUUAGUAUGUUUGUUAAUAGAUAAUAAAUGAACAUAAAAUGCCUAUAUAUGGUUUAUCAAUAAGCCCAGAUGGAAAAAAAUUAAUUUCAAUUGGAGCAGAUUAAAAUCUUUUUGUAAUGACAGGUUUAGAAAAAGAAACUUUGUAAGUCAUUUAGAAGAUCUAAUUUAAUGAAUUAUUACUUCGAAUCUGUUUUAUUACUAAUUAAAUUUUUACUCUUCAAUCAUCUAAAUCAUCUACAGGAUCAAAAAAUUUAUAAAUAUUCAAAAUGGAUCUGAAUGAGAAAUUUUAGAUUGCCAAAAAUAUUUCUUUACAAGGAAAGGGUCAACAUGAUUUAGGAGAUUGUCAACCAAAUUAUAUUCCUUCUAAAUAAAUAUUAAUGAUUAAGAGUGGUUAUUCUAUAAAUAUUAUAAGAUUUAUUCUAUACAAUCCAUAAUUUAAAGGUUUAGAUGGGGAAUUCGAUUGUUAAUUAGAAUAAUCAAUUAAUUUUGGCCAUGAUUGGGUAUUUGGAACAAUUAGUCAUGAUGGACAAUUCUUAAUUACCUGGGAUUCUAAAUCUCAUAAGACCUAAAUAAAAAAAUAUUAUCAGAAGAUGGAUCAAUAAAUUUGA